AUGUUGCUCUCACAACUUGGUAGCAUUCUGUCUACACGUCGUGGCAAAGGUCAUUCGGUCGAAUAUCUAGCACGUUGGAAAGGAUAUGGCCCUGAGUACGAUCAAUGGUACAAUGUCAAACAGCUAGGCGAUGCUCCGGAAUUGGUGAAAGACUACGAGAUCGCCAUGUCCCCUCUAUCAGAGCCACUCGUUGCUACACUACCAGAGCUACUACCUCCCCUACCAACAACGCAUUUGCAGAAGCCUUCCGCAAUCGAUCAUGCUACUACACUAUCACUACCUCCGCUACCAGAGCUACCACCUCUACUAUCAACGACGUUGCAGAAGCCUUCCGUAAUUGAACCUUCGAAGCCUACCACGGAGAAAGCUAUUGCGGUUGUGAUACCGAGGAGGAAGGAAUUAACCAUGUGA